GUCUUAGAACACAUCCAAGGCGUGUGAUGUCUAAGUGGUCAUAGGAAAGUUCGUGUUCUAGGCAACAUGGUUCCAAAAAAGUUUGCUCUAUAAGAGUAUGGAACUUAAGUAUACCCUGUUUUUUGAAGAACACGAACUUUUUCCCCGAAUCCUCUCAAAAACAAAUUUCAUUGUCCAUUCAACACAUGGCACUAAGAAAUCAUCUAUAUAAACUCGGCCAAGAUGAAGUAAGAUUUCUUAGAGACACAACAAUGUCGAAUACCAUUAAAGAUUUGGUUUUCAAAGCGCAUUGAAGAAUAUCAUUUUCCAACAGUAGAGAAUUUCAAAUGCCGCAGUUGAAGAUUUUUUCCAUUUUCAUUAGCGAGGAACACGUGAUAAUCUUAAUCAAAGAACUUGAAAUCCUUAGGGACCCUUAUUUCCAUUUGUACACACUGACCGACAAUAAUUAUCACAGCUAUUGUGACCAUAAGUCUUACUUCUAUACCGCACACUUGUGAAUAUGAGACACUUGUAGCCUUCUACCUUACAUACCAUCAAUACCUACCCCAAUAUUCACCUGUAUAUAUAUUGAGUAAAGGAGUGAGACUUCCAUGACUAAUCCCAAAAUGGAAAAAAGUCAUCCCUGUACACGGAGAAGCAAUAGAGGAGCUUGGACAGCUCUUGAAGACAAGCUGCUCAGAGAUUAUGUUAAAACUCAUGGUCCAGGGAAGUGGAGGAAUGUUUCCCAGGAGACAGGCCUUGAAAGAAGUGGAAAGAGCUGCAGAUUGAGGUGGUUGAAUUAUCUGAGACCAGAUAUCAAGAGAGGCAACAUUUCUCCUGAAGAAGAAGACCUCAUCAUUAGGCUCCACAAGCUCUUAGGCAACAGAUGGUCUUUGAUAGCUGGAAGGCUUCCUGGACGAUCAGACAAUGAAAUCAAGAACUUUUGGAACACAACCUUAGCCAAGAGGGUGGUUCAUGGCCAGCACUCCAACCAAAGCAAAGACGACAGAAAGGAAAAGGAGAAAGAGCCUUCUAACACGGAUGAAGCACCCAUGGAAAUGAAAGGUAGUGAAGGGCCUGAUCCCGUGAAUGAUUUCAAAGAAGAUUAUUCACCAAACCCAGCAAUGGAUUUCUCGGGAAAGCUCUUUCAAUACGAUGAUACAGAUUAUGAUCAGCUGUGGAACUUCUCUAAUUUUGAUGAUGGCAUGUGGGGUUGUGGAAACAUGGGAGGUGCCAAUGGCCUGUGCCAGUGGUCUGAUUUUCCAUCUGCAAGUGCUGAAGAAGCGGAGAUUUUCUUCCAUUCCUAAAGCUGAUCAUAAGCUACUUUUGUUGAACUUGAUCCAUAAACAUUAUGUAUCUAAUUAAGUUGAUUUAGUUGGAUUGGAACUUUUCGGAAUGAGUGGCCAGAGGUGGUUGAAUAGGGAUAUUGUGUGAUUUUGGAAAUGAUAUUAUUGUCUCAUUCCCAUAAAUGGAAUGGUUUGUCUCCUGAUUGAAGAGGCAACUGCUAAGAAUAUAUUCUCCACUUAUGGAGAUAAAAGAUUCCACGUCUUA